AUGCAUCUGUUGUCACGGUUCGGCCCACCGGUGUCGACCGCUCUAAUAUUGCUUGCAACGCAAGGAGUCUCCCAGACAGUUCCUGCACCUAAUUUGGACCUCAACUCACUCGGUCAAGUCACGCUCGCCGGUAAUUUCGACGCCAUCUCGGUGUACUCGUCAAUUGGACAACAGCAAGGAUACAGCAGUAAUGGCACGCAGUCAGUUCUGUCACAGUUACCAUCGGGGGCAUAUGACCCUCUCUGGUCCACAGACGCCAGCAUACAGGCUAUGUGCCCGCUGGUCCUGCAGGAUGGCACGAUAUCAGGACUUGUUGUGGGAGGAAAUUUCACCAGCAUCGGAGGUGUCGCAGCACGAUCUUGCGCCAUGUUGAAUGUGACGACGCGAAAGAUUGAGGCACUCUCUGGAUUACAAGGAACAGUGUCGGCACUUUACUGUGAUCGUGACACAGAAACAGUCUAUGUGGGAGGUGCCUUUGAAGCGCAAAAUUCAACAAACGCCAUCGCAUACAAGUCGGGCAGCUGGGCAAGCCUCCCAUUCGCAGGGUUUGACGCGCCAGUGACCUCAAUCACAAAGGCUCCAAAUGGUCAUAUUGUCUUUGGUGGCUCCUUCACAGGCCUGGGUAAUGUCUCGUCCACCUCAUCGAACAAUGAGCAAACCCAGGUCAUCAAUCUUGCUAGCGCCAGUGUCUCAGCACAAGGAAACUCAAGCGAUGCUGAUUUGGGCAAUCCGAGAAACGUUGUAUGCCCGUCAAACAGUUCAGAUGGAAACACGACCUUCUUGUUUGCCGACAACACUCCGGGCUCCUGGCGUGCCGAUCUCGCGUUUGGUUUCGAACCUACUAAACUUCGCUUAUGGAACACAAAUCAGGACGGCCGCGGAAUUCGAACAUGGCGGUUCACAGCUUUCCCCAUCAACGGUAUCAUGAACCUUACAUAUACCGACCCGCAAACUGGAGAUACAGCUUAUUGCGACGCUCGAUGUCCACUGGCGCAAAAUGCGUCGCAGCUGUACCAGGACUUCUACUUUGUCAACCGUGUGGGCAUGAAUAGCUUUAGUAUUGAUGUUUCGGAGUGGUAUGGAGAAGGAGCUGGCUUCGACGGGAUUGAGCUCUUCCAGGACGACAUUUUCGCUUAUGCCAUUGAAGCGUUCAAUGAGCCCGCCUGCGAGACCUCCGAUCUUCGCUCUCAGGCAACUGCUACUGGCCCCUGGUACACAACGCCGUCCAGGCAAAGCGUGUCGGACUAUCUCACUGUCGUCGUCGGGCCUACCACAGUUGGCACCACAUCUGUUGUCUUCGAACCGGAUGUGCAGAAGAGUGGAAACUAUUCAAUCAUCGUCUACACUCCCGGCUGUAUACAAGAUAGCUCCUGCUCGGCACGGGCGAUUGUCAACGUUACUGGCACAUUGACGCAAGAUGGCAACCAAGCUUUCAACACGCAGCUGUUCCAGACCAACAAUUUCGACAAAUAUGACCAGGUGUACCAGGGACAUGUGGACGCAACGAGCGACUCUUUUCGGCCCUCGGUAACACUUCUCCCAUCUGGAUUACAGUCCGAUCAACUCAUAGUUGCAUCGCGCGUCAGAUUCGGUCUCAUCUCAUCCACGGGAGGACUGAAUGGACUGUUCGACUACGACCCGAACAGUGAUCUUGUUGACAUGGAUUUCACCCAGUCGGCGAUCAACAAUGCUGGGACUAAGCUUCAUCAGAAUGCCCAUGUACUAGCCUUGACAACCCAUAAUGAUACCAUCUAUGCGGCUGGCCGAUUCUCCGACGACACUUUUGAGAAUAUCAUGGCGUUUCAGAACAAUAAUGCCACCUCAUUACCCGGUGGCGGACUCAAUGCCCCUGUGAAUGCCAUGUACAGCAUGGACGAUUUUCUCUACGCUGGAGGGAACUUUACGGGUGCCAACACAGGCGGAGUGAAUGGGUUGAGCAAUGCUGCGGCAUAUCAAUACUCGAAAGACGCCUGGGUUGCACUCGGUGCCGGGCUAGACGGACCAGUGGAAGCAGUUGUGCCCUUGAAAAUGAACAUCUCCGAGGCUGGCAGAGAGACUGUCAUUGCUUUCAGUGGCUCGUUCACCCAGGUUUUAGGGUCAGGAUCUAGCUCUGCAGCCCGUGCGAAUGGUUUGGCCAUCUGGGUUCCUUCGAGGACGGCCUGGCUUGAAACUCUUGAUAUUCCGAAAGAAGCCCUGGCCGGACAACUCUUUGCAGCGACUUUCCUACCCAACAAUACCUGGCUUGGAGCCGGAACGCUUGGUUCACUUGGAUUAGCAAUGAGCGGCGUUGCGGGUGUGCACUCUCAGUCUGGACAAGUUACGCUUCAGCAAUUGCCGGUUGAUAUCACGCCAGACUCCCAGGGCACUUCUUCCAGAAAGCGCGCUGUGGCGGCGAUGCAAAAUGGGACAGGGGUGAAUACCGGGACGUAUUACAGUGCCAACGACCAAAACGUCACAAUAUUCGGAGGCCAUUUCAGUGCAACAGCGACGAAUGGUUCCACUAUCGAGAAUCUGAUGUUUUUGAACGGUUCCAACAACAAUCUCGUGACCGGUGCACCUUCUGGACUCGACUCGAACUCGACCGUAAUGGCAAUGGCCAUUGCUGGGGAUUUGCUGUUUGCUGGCGGAAGAAUCACAGGUCAUCUUGGGGAAACCAACAUCGAUGGUCUGGUCUUGUACGAUAUGAGUUCUGCAGACUUUCGCACAGUCCAACCGGCAUCUCUAGAAGGUCCCAACGUUAUCGUCAAUGCCAUCGCCCCUCAGCAAGAUACAUCCGCGGUCUACGUUGGCGGCGCCUUUGACCAAACUUCUCAAGGACUUCCUUGUCCAUGUGUCUGCAUGUAUGACACCGCUACCAGCCAGUGGAACACGGUGGGAACGGAACUUGAUGGUACAGUGUCAGCUCUAUUCUGGACGUCGGAUUCGACCCUGCUGGCUGCAGGAAACUUGUCGGUGGCCAACAACCAGACUUCUUUGGCAACCUAUGACACUGACAGUCAAAUGUGGACUGCUACGUCGAACUCCGCGAUCCCCGGGCCUGGGACCGCCUUCUGCCCUGCUACAGAUAAUGCCGACCACCUGUGGGUAGCUGGAACAGCAAACAAUGGCUCGACAUUUCUUGUCGAGAUCGAUGGGGACAGCUCCCGACCGGUGGUGGAUGCUUUCGCGACUGGGACAACUAUCCAGGGGUUGCAGAUCAUGCCAUUGUCCAAGAACCACAAGUCGACACCUCUGUUGGACGAUGAUCAAGCCUUGCUGGUGACAGGCCAGUUGAAUAUUACUGGGUUUGGAAGUGCUGCUGCAGCAUUGUUCAAUGGCACUACAAUGAUGCCGUUGAUUCUGGCCUCCACCUUGAAUGGAGAUGCAGGCAGUAUCAGUCAAGUGUUCACGUCCAAGACAAACACACUGAAAUCAAGUCAUCGUGGCCAUUCCAGAGGUAUCAUUGUCCUCAUUGCUCUAUGUGCAGCUCUGGGAACAAUUUUCCUCAUCAUCCUACUGGGCAUCAUCCUGAACCGCAUACAACGACGACGAGCCGGCUACAAGACCGUCCCGAGCGUUCCCUAUGCCGACAAGAAUUCAAACAUCCAUCGUGUACCUCCUGAAGCGCUGUUAGGUAACCUCGGUUCGAAGCAACCAGGUGCACCUACAGUAUGA